AAAUUAGUUAUCUCGACCUCGAUUCCUCCCCCUUUAUUUUUGCCGUUUACGUGUUCGAUAUAAGGUAAACUGGUUGAUAGACGUCCGAUAUGCUAAUAAGUCUGCUGUACUGUACGUAACAAAAUUGUCGUAUUGAAAAACACGUAAUUUGAUUUAUUUGAUUUGACGGGCCUUCUUAUGUAGCCUUUCGUUCUCAGUAUUCUAGUGUUUGAAUCUGUACAAUUCACAUAGAAACACGAAGUAAUUUAGUUCGUCCGACGAGGUGUAUCGAAACGAUUUCGUGCGUGUUACGACAAUGCGUGACUAUCACUGUCUAAAAUCGACUGCAGUCACUUCGCGUGGGCAAUUCUUUUUUUUUUUUUUUUAAUUUUUAGAAGCUAGAAAACAGAUAAAAAUUACAUUCUCACACUACUAGAAGUCGAAGAAAGUCCCAAUCAAAGAGCACGUGAAUGCGACAUUAAAUAAAUACUAACUCGCGUACACUAGAGUCGCGUGUUAAAUUUUUCGAACGCAUCUCUUAAGGCUAUUAACAAUCGAUCCUUUGUGUUUUCAACACGAGAAUUUUUAUUUAUGUAUUGUUUAAACGAUUUUACGUAAUAAAGAAACCCAUAGAAUGGGGUAGACUUAUAGGAUCUAGUACAAAUUUCUAUAUCUGUAUAGCGGGGUAUCGAGCGAUUCGGUACAGUGACACGAUAAAGGAUGACGUCACCUGUAACAUCACGCCAUGCGAAUCGCCUUCUUUUAUCACCUGAAAACACGUUAUUCAUCGAGUACCAGUUUGGUCGAGAGCAACGUUAUCGACGAAGGGGUUAAAUCGGGCGCGUGCGCUCUCUUCCGACGCGCAAUCUAAUCACACUACAGUUAUGGUGGACACUGGAUAACGUGUCGUCACAGUUUGCGUCACAAUUUUCGUUCGCCUUAUGUCCUCAAUUUCUCGUAUGGUAAACAAAAACCCCGUCUUAGGGAGUGAGAUUUUUCGUUUCUGUACGGUUCAUUUUCUUGUUUUUUGUAACGAUCCUGGAAGAGCAGAACCCGGGAAGUCCGACGGAACCGGAAGUUAUCGAUCUAGACGACAAUAACAAUAACAGAACACCAGACUAGUUUAAACUUCCAAAUUUGGCCAAUCGGCUUUUGGCGUAGGGGAGAGGCGUAUCUCGAAAGUCUACAGUGGCUCGUCUUCUUUACUUACAGAACAGAAGCGGAGAGAGGAGCAGAAUGCCUUCCAGAUUAGAACAGAUGCAACUGCAACUUAGGCAGAAGUUAAUGCAAGAAAAGGAAGAAAAACUUAUUAAAAUCUAUAACAGCAAUCAAGAGAAAGUUUUAAGCAAGCUGUCCAGAUCGAACGAAUUGCCUCGGAAAGAUGGAGAAUCUUUGAAAACGUCUCCCGUGACACGUGUUCCAGAAAAGACCUUUCCCGUCUCGGUGACUUCGUCUUCCCGAAAUCUUCCGGUGAAGAAGGGCAGUCCGGGAGUGGAUCGUUCAAGACCACUUGUACCCAUUCGAAAGCCAAAUUUGGGUGGUGGUCACAGUUCAGUCAGUGGCACCUCGUCGACGGUGCAUAAUGGCACGGGACCUUCAGACUCCACCAAAAAGAAUGCCAAGUCUCGAGCCAAUGUGGAAGAAUAUAAACGAAUGAGGGCCGAAGUGAAACGGAAAGAAUUGGAUUUAGUGACAAAGAUUAAAGAUCAGCAGGGUAAACCUAAUGGAACUGUUCAGGAAAUAAAAAAUAUAGAAAAAUUAGCAAAACUUAAUAUUGGAAGAACUUCACCCAUUAGAAGCGUAGCCAAAGAAAAUACCUUUGGAUUGAAUAAACAGAUGUUGUCAAGUCAUUCUGUAAAUAACAAAAAUAAAAACAUCAGAAGUAAUGGUACUGCUAGCGUAAAAUCUUCGACAGCUCCUCCACCCAAUACGGUGAAUUGUUCUCUAUGUGGCCGUCAUUUUGCAAAGGACAGGAUAGAAAAACAUGAAGUCAUCUGUCAAAAAAUUAAUCAAAAGAAAAGAAAAGUAUUUGAUGCUUGUAAAAUGAGAGUAAAAGGUACAGAAGCAGAAAGUUUUGUAAGAAAAGGAAUAUCAGUAAAAGAAGAACCAGUGAAAAAGAAGAGUAAUUGGCGAACUAAGCAUGAAUCUUUCCUGGAAAGCAUUCGAGAAGCCAAGAGAGUCCAAAAGCAUCUGGCAGCAGGAGGCAAGAUUUCUGACCUGCCUCCUCCGAAGCCUUCCGAAAAUCCAGACUAUGUGCAGUGUCCCUAUUGCAAUCGAAAAUUCAAUGAGGCUGCUGCAGACAGACACAUUCCCAAAUGCAAGAACAUUGUUUCCAACAAACCCAAGAGAAAAUAAAUUUCUUAAUCUUGGAUUUGUCAUAUUGUCUUUCAAGAGGUAUGGCAUCUGCAAUACCCUUCCCUUUUAUGUAAGAAGUUCCGAGCCUCGUCAGAAUACUAGAAAAUAGUUGUAAACUAUGGAAACUAGGCUCAAUCUUUCUACUGUCAUUUGAAAAAAAAUUAUAUAUUUGUACGGUAAUAAAAAUUUUUGCUCGUCACGUGCCUUAACUAAUGCUGGAAAAAUGUGCUUAAUAGGUAAAAUAAUCCUAAUAUCUGCAAUAACUGUUAUAGAGGAUUUUACUUUUUACACAUUAAUUUUGUUUUUUUUAUAAGUUUUUUAGAUUAAGUUUUUAUUAUAUUUAAUAAUGCAAGAAAUGAUUCUUGUACAUUUUUAUACUUAUUUAAUAAAAAUAUAUAU